CUGAUGGCCCUGAAGCGGAUGGGCAUUGUGGACAACUACGAGCAGAUCCGCCAGUUUACAGUGGCCGUGGUGGGUGUCGGCGGCGUGGGGUCGGUGGCGGCCGAGAUGCUCACCCGCUGCGGUAUCGGAAAGCUGCUGCUGUUCGACUACGACAAGGUGGAGCUGGCCAACAUGAACCGGCUGUUCUACCAGCCGCAUCAGGCCGGCCUGAGCAAGGUGGAGGCGGCCGCGCGCACCCUGGCCAGCAUCAACCCGGACGUGAUCAUCGAGUGUCACAACUACGACAUCACCACCGUCGAGAACUUCGAACACUUCAUGGGCAGAGUCAGGUCCGGGAGUCUGAGCGACGGGCCGGUGGACCUGGUGCUGAGCUGUGUCGACAACUUUGAGGCCCGCAUGGCCAUCAACACCGCCUGCAACGAGCUGGGCCAGACCUGGUUCGAGUCGGGGGUCGCCGAGAACGCCGUGUCCGGUCACAUCCAGAUGAUCGUGCCGGGUGAGCUGGCCUGCUUCGCCUGCGCGCCGCCGCUGAUCGUCGCCUCGGGCAUCGACGAGAAGACGCUGAAGCGGGACGGCGUGUGCGCCGCCUCGCUGCCCACCACCAUGGGCGUCGUGUCUGGCCUGCUCGUGCAGAACACGCUCAAAUACCUGCUGAAGUUCGGCUCGGUGACCCACUACCUGGGCUACUCGGCGCUGCAGGACUUCUUCCCGACCAUGAGCAUGAAGCCGAACCCGACCUGUGACGACUACAUUGCAGGUACGCGAGAGCGGCGGAGAGAGUUCCUGGAGCGGGAGGCCUCCAAGCCGAAACAGGAAAUAGUGGAGGAGGCGGCCCCAGAGGUGCUGCACGAGGACAACGACUGGGGCAUCAGCCUGGUGGAAGAGACGGCGCCAGAGGAGGCCGAGCCGGAGCUGGUCCAGGGCGUGCGGCUGGCCUACAGCCGGCCCGACCAGCCGCCCCCGUCAGCCGAGCCGCAGAGCGCGCCGGCGGCGGACCCGGAGGCCGGCGCCGCCGACCAGACCAGCCUGGACGACCUGCGCGCGCAGAUGAUGGCCCUCUGAGACGAGCCUGGCGCGGAGGGCG